AUGGGAUCUUCACACAGACAGAGUCAGAUACUGGAGAAUCUCUCAGAUAAAUAUGUCUUAAUCACCGGAUGUGACUCUGGUUUUGGGAACCUGUUGGCGAAGCAGCUGGACAGACGUGGAAUGAGGGUUCUCGCUGCUUGUCUGACAGAGAAAGGAGCUGAGAACCUGAAGAAGGAGACCUCCAGCAGGCUGCAGACUGUAAUACUGGAUGUUACUGACAGCAAAAGUGUGAGCUCUGCUGCCAAGUGGGUUGCUACCACUGUCAAAGAUAAAGGUCUUUGGGGACUGGUGAACAGUGCAGGUAUUGGAAUCCCUAGCUGCAACAAUGAAUGGCUGACUAAAGAUGAUUUCCUGAAGGUUUUGAAUGUAAAUCUGUUAGGGGUUAUUGAAGUGUCACUUAGUCUCCUGCCACUGAUUCGGAAAGCGAGAGGACGGGUUAUUAAUGUAUCCAGUGUGGCUGGAAGAGUAGCCAUCUGCAGUGGAGGAUACUCUUUGGCCAAAUAUGGAGUAGAAUCAUUUUCGGACAGUCUACGGCGUGAAAUGCUAUCAUUUGGAGUGAAUGUGUGUAUAAUUGAACCUGGCUUUUUUAGUACACAAAUAACCAGCACAAAGUUACAAAAACAAAAUGUGAAACACUGCUGGGAGCAAGCCACAGAAGAAGUCCGGAAAAGCUAUGGCAUAGAGUAUUUUGAAAAAAAUUGCAAAUUCAUCGACGUGAUUUGUUCCCGGAGCAGCGGCAAACUCACAACUGUCACAGACUGCAUGGAGCAUGCCCUUACUGCAGUCCACCCAUGGACACGAUAUUCUGCUGGCCCAUAUGCCAAAUUUUUCUACAUGCCUCUAUCGUAUCUUCCCACUUGUGUGGCAGAUUACAUGCUUUAAUACUUUUCCAAAUAUACCUUAAUGUAACCAAUGAGUCAGAAGGAUACAGAACAGAUUCUCAAAUCUUUUUUAAUAGUCACAAAACAAGUCAUGCUGUUUGGGUUUAAGUACAUGAAAAGAUUGGUAACAAUUACUGACCAAGUCAACAAAAUUAACUUCCCAGAGUAUGUUUACCAUGACUAGUUGGAGGGGUGAGGAACUUUUAAUUAGGAUCACAGCAAUACUGCAAUUACCAAGAUUUAAAAAAAAUAUUUUCAGAAUUCACUUUUAGUUGUGUUUGGUGAAAAUCAAUUUGUGCCCAUAGUGCUCACCCAGUUCUGUUCACUUGUGCAGACCACUUUUGUCAAAUAACUGAUGUCAAGAGCAGCAUACUGUAUCUAUGUUAUUAAGAGUUUGUCACCUAUAUGAAAUAUCUCAACAGCUGUGUUAAAAAGCAAGCCAACCAUUUACCUUAAUGUUGAGUAUAUCAAUGUCUGAGUGUUACUGAGUUGAAUAAUAUACAUGAAAUAUGUGAAAAGUCUUGUCUAAAAAUAGGAUUUUAAUUACCUACCAGUAAAUCCUUUUCUCGUAGUCCGUAGAGGAUGCUGG